AAAUGGUUUCUAUAGCAGCAGCAAGGUUGGCAAACAGGGCUGGGCAGAGACAGCAAGAGUUUCCAAUCUCCCAAGGCAUUUAAGCUGUUACGCUUCUGCACUGCUCCUUCCUCUGAACGAUACAUGCAGGAGAUGCAGCCUGAAAAGUCAAAGAAAUUCUCUGCUUCAAAAAUGACUCAUACACGCAACCUGGCACCUAGUUUCAAACAAAUGGACACACUGAGUUCAAUUGAGGCAGAGUACAUAAAGAAUCUACAGAAAGAAGUCUACCUACUGGAACUUGAGACAUCAUUUCUAAGAGAGCAGGCUAAAAAGGCUACCAGUAUUCAGCCAAAAAUCAGCACUCAAGCGGAAAAAGUGUUGCAGAAGAUAAAGGAACUACAGUCAGAAAUACAUACUGCUCAGCUGGAACUUGGAAAGAAAGAGAACAGCACCAAGUUUUUCAAGGCAGAAAAUCAAGCCAUGCAUAAACGUCUGCAAACUCUAUCAGAUGCAAAUACUAGAGAAAAGCUACUAUUAGUGGAGGAUGUUACAAAGCUGAAGAAACUUGCUGAGAUUGUCGUUCAGGACAUUUCACACAAAGAAGCAGAGCUACUAGAAGUCCAGCAAGAGCUACAGAGGGCCACGAAUUCCAUGAAAGAAAAAGAGCAUAAUCGCCAUCAUUUGGAAAAUGAACUCCACCAGCAGAUUCAACACCACCAGGAUAUGGAAGCAAAGCUUGUGGAAAAUAGAUCAGAAUGUGUAAGAGUGCAGGCGUUGCUCCACCAGCUAGAGGAGAAAUACCUUACUAGCUCCCAGUCCAUGCAGCAGCAUAUUGCUAAAGAACUUCGUGAAGAAGCUGAAAAACUAAGACAGCAGCUCAAAGAAAAAGAACUUUCCGCUGAUGAGGAUAAAUAUUUACGCAACAAAAUGGCAGAAGAUUGUGGAUAUCUGACAAAAGAAAAUGGCUUUUUACAGUCUCAGGUUCUGGAAGCCACCAGGCAACUAGAUAGAGAGAGGCAGCUGAGAGAGGAGGAAAGCACCUGCCGUACAAGGAGGAUUUCUGAGCUAGCCUGUGAAAAGGAGAAAGAACGACAACUUGAGAUGGAGCUCACUUACCUGAAGAGACUAUUGCAGGAUGAAAGACAGAAGGCUCUUACUGCACAAGAGCAGGUACUACGUCUCCAGCAAGAAAGGAAAUCUGUAAAUCUAAAUGGACAGUCACUUCAGAGCCAGCUAAAAGAUUUAGAAAGGAGAUGGUCAAGAGCUCAACUGGAAAAUUCAAAACUGCAAACAGAAAAAACGCAUUUAGUAGAACAUAUUUCUCAGUUACAUAAACAGAUUUCUGAGAAAGAAGAUGAAAUCAAUCGCAUGCUUGGACAUGUUAAUACUAUGUCCUAUGACCUGACUACUCAGAAAUCUCAAGUGGAAACAGAACAUAGCUUGCAGAGAGAAAGAUGGAAAGAGUUCUCCAAUAUUCUAACAGCAUACAAGUCACCUGCUAAAUGAGCUCUAUUUAGGGAGGUAGUUACUGAAAGUGAGCUAACCUAAUCAUUUUAAAAAUGAAACUGAUACUAACAAUUAGUUCCUUAAAUUCCCAUUGUAUAAAAAAAAAAAGUAAAGUGUCCUGAUGCACCUAUAUAAGGCAUACUGCUCUUCAAGAAUAGCAUUCUGCAUUUCUACAUAGCAAAUGAAACUAGAUCCUAUCAGAAUCACUUGGAACCUGGGGAGAUUGGCUAAGAACAUUGAAUGGAGGCAGCAUGCUCAGCCCUUGUGAAGCCGGCUUCAAAUUAAUUAAAAAGCAAUCCAUUUUGCCACUUCAAAGAGUGGUAUUUUUGUAAUUGCACAAGUAGUCCCAUGCAGUCAUCAUUCUUGUCCUAACCAGGGUGACAGGCUCUGUCAUGAGCAGUCAAGGCUGAUUACCCACUCCGGCACUUCGAGUGCAAAAGGUGGGGACCCGCAAGGAACCUAAAAAUUAAUAUUGGCCACUCCAGGCUUGUAUUAAACUCCCAAGGUUACAGCUUUUCCCUGACCUUGGAUGGGUAGAUGCUGCCACCAUCCAAAUGCAAAACCCCUUGGAACCCAGGAAGGCACACUUUGGAAUUCCUUCCUGUGGGGCACCCUCAAUCCCUUUCCCCCUGCUCCAGGGAAAAGCUGAGAAAGAAAAAGGAAAUUAGCUGUUACCCCCAGCUAAACAAACAACAUAUGCACAAACCUCUUAGGAUUCCAAAAACCCAAUCUUGUUCUUUAAAAUGGUAAAAGUUAUUAAAAACAACAAAGAAUGAAAAUACACCUGGAACAUAGGCUUUUGCUAGAUUAAAAAAAAAAAAAACAAAAAUUCAACAUCAAGAAUAACCUUCUGAGGUCCAUCUUAAAGGUUACAAGCAAAACAAAAAGUAUUUGGGGUUAGCACAGAGGAGUCCCACAAGCCAGUAGGAAAUAAACAGAAAUAAACCUAAUCACGUCUUUCUAAACACUGUUGAUCUAUUUGCAUGUUAAGUAAGUAGUUGUAGAUACGAUCUGAUGAUUUUCACAUCUGGCCUUCAGUUUCUCCUAUCCUAACUGUACCCUAUUCUCCUUUUUCCGGGAAAAUAGAAGCAGGACACAAAGGGAAAGCUUUCCCCUCCCCCCCAGUUUAAAAAAGUUCUAGUCUUCCCAUUGGCUCUUUUGGUCAGGUGCCCACUUCCUUCCUUUUACCUGGACUUUAACCCUUUACAGGUAAAGCAAGUAGAGAACAGCUACCAAGAGGGACUUUAUAGCUAACUGGCUGGCGGCUGUCCAUAAAAGGGAGCUACUCUCCUCCCCCUUUUAUCACAUGAACCCUUGAAGGGACAAACAUGCUUCCUGAAUUUAACAUCAACAGUAAUGGAGUUUCCAUUUAAUUUUUAAUUAUAUGAAGAGAGCUUUAGAAAGUAAUUGUUUAAAUGAAUGUUCUUGGCACACAAACACUAACAUCCUCUACCAAAAGCAAAUGCAUCAAUACUUAUAAAACUCUACUAAAUUUCUGAAGUUCAUUGUAGCAACCUUCUUGAAAGCCUGAGAAUUACAAGUUAGUGAGCUUUUGGCAUUCAAGAUCAACAGGAAAAAUUUUGAUAUAAUACUAGAUUAGUUCAACACCUAUAUUAACUCAGAAAUUAAGAAAUGUCAAGUCCAUUCUUAACUUUCUUAAAAAAAUUCUUUUUGGCUCAAAGCAAAUUAAACUGUCUCAAAAUGAAGGUGACCAUUUUGGAAGUUUUGAACAAAAUCCAUUUAGCCCUUUUCAGAUGAGUAGAAAAGUUUCCGUAAGAAAAACAAAACAUGUUUGCACUUAAUUUGAAAACUGCUUCAGUUUAAAGCAUCAGACUCUCAGCUCUACUCAGUUAUAGAUCUGUCCUUUUGAAAAGGCAGCGAAAUUCAAAAAAGUUAACGGUUUCUACAGCAGUAUUGGUUCAGCCAAACUGCAGUUAAGAAUGUACAACUCUGGCCUCAGAUACAAUGCUGCUCUGCAUAGAUCCAUUCAGAAUGCUGCUGCAAAUAUUUUCCUAGCCCUUCACUUUGACCCUCCCACGCAUCACCUCUCUGCAUGGCUCCUCUGCCCCGCUUCUCUAACGCAUCAAUCACCACCUAUUUAUCUUAAUUUUCAAGGCCCUUCAGAGCCUAUCCCCACUCUACCCAUCAUCUCUCAUUCACUAGCAAGAUGCCAGCUCCUGCUUCUGAUGAGUCCAUGCUGCCAGCCUCCAUUAGCUACUUGUUAAAAUUCUCAAACUCAAAUUAUGUGUUCUCUCCCAUACUGCCCCACAUGUUUGGAAGGAGCUCCAAGUAAACGCCUGCAAAACUCACUCACUACCCUUCUUCAAAUCCCUCACUAAACAACUCCUUCUCCAUACACUCUACCCAGAUAUAACACGACCUGAUAUAACACAAAUUUGAAUAUAAUGCGGUAAAGCAGUGCUCCGGGGAGCGAGGCUGCGCAGUCCAGUGGAUCAAAGCAAGUUCAAUUUAAUGCAGUUUCACCUAUAACAUGGUAAGAUUUUUUGGCUCCCCAAGGACAGUGUUAUAUCGGGGUAUAGGUGUACUUACAAAAAAAACUUGACAGCAAUUAGGCAGCUGGUGUGCUGAGACCACUGUGCAUCAUGCCAACCUCUGAUGUCUCACUGUUUCCUCGUAAUCCUCAUCUGCAGGUAUUUGUUGGCUCUUAUCUUCUAUAUUCAGCCACUAUUUGCUUGGCAUUAGCUGGUAAUCUUAAGACUGUAAGCUCUUUGGGGCAGGAUCAGUCUGUUCUGUGUUUGUACAGCACCGAGCACAAUGGGGUCCUGGUCCAUGACUGGUGCUCCUAGGUGUUAGAGCGAUACAAAUAAUUAGCAGCAACAACAUUUAACAGCAUGAAUACUAUGUGGCACUUAACUCACAUAUUUAAAGCACAGUGCAAACCUUAAAACUCUCUCAAAAUCAACUGUAAGAUUACCUGUGCAGCUAAAUUUCUAACUCAAUGCUACAUUAAUGUAGAGGUCUGCAUUUAGAAUUUUUACUUACUAAUGUUACGAACCUUAAAGUUUUACAUUUUUAUACUACAAGUGUGCUAGUGAUUGUUUGCUGCUUGAAUUUCGAGAGAUAUAAAACAAAUUCAUAACAGGAAAAAUGUUUCACAUAGCUGGAAAUCUUAGUGAAAGCAAAUGCCAAGCAAAUAUUGGGUUCAAAUUGCUAUAAAACACAAUGUACCUAAAAUCAAGUAAAUUUAUUUAUUCACUACUGUACAUUUUAUUCUCCAACCUGCAUGACAGUAAAAAGUAUAUUGGAAGAUUUUGUUCUGCUACUACUUUCCCACAUAUAAAAAUUAUUUUAAUAUUCUCUGCUGGGCCCUAUCAAAGGGUACAUCUACACUACCUGCCAGAUCGGGGGGUAGUGAUCGGUCUAUUGGAGAUGGAUUUAUCACAUCUAGUGUGGACGCGGAUAAAUCAAUCCCCAAUCGCUCUGUUGUCGACUCCAGAACUCCACCAUGGUGAGAGGCGGAAGUGGAGUUGACGGGGGAGCAGUGGCUGUCAAUCCGGCGCCGCAAAGAUGCAAAGUAAGUGAUUCUAAGUCGAUCUAAGAUAUGUCGACUUCAUCUACGCUAUUCUCCCAGCUGAAGUUGUGCAUCUUCAAUCAAUUCCCCCCCCCCCCCCAGUGUAGACCAGGCCAAAGAGUGCUACUGUGGUCUUCAAAAGUACUCCUCUCUUCAUAUGAGUGCCAAGUUUUUUUCUACCUUGAACUUAUCAGGACCCCAGACUUCUGUCAAACUCCUAUUGCCUUUAUUACAAAGACAGGUUUGGAAACAAAAUUCUGUAUGCUAGAGCCAAACGCCUUAACUAUUUUUAUUUAGUACAUUGAUAUCUAAUCUUGAUCAAGUUUUCUGUAGCACCAAACGUACAGAAGACCAUCUCAGUCUCAAACAGCAUAUAAUCUUGUUAAAAAGGAGGCAAUAGAAAGAAAUUAUAAUGUAGUAAAGGAAAAAGUGCUGGUUUUUUUAAAUGAGCUAAUAGGAUACCAUGAGAGACUACAAUACAUAGUAACUAACAAAACACAAUUGACACUGCACUUCAACAAAGUUUGAGCCCACCUCCCAGGGAUUGAAAAAAUGUAGUAGAUUUUUUGGGUUUUCCAGAGUGGUAGCACCAAGUUGUUAGUCUUAAACCCAGUAAACCGGCCAAUAUAUUCAAGAGGAGAGCAUCCAACACAAAAAGGUCUUCAUCACAAGAGGUAUUCAACUAUUCCACAAAUCCAGCUGCUUUUUCACCAUACCAUUACUGCCUCCAUUGGUUGAUUUAUCAGGUUCUCUUCUCUUCAUUUCUUCAUAGGACAAGAAAGCUCUCAAAGAAGAUAACCAGUUUAUCCCAUAUUUAUUUCUCAUCAGAUUUCCAAUGUCAAACUUCCCAAGCCUUUUAAAAAUAAUAAAAUGAUUAACCAAAAACCGACUAUUCUUACAAAAUGAGAAAUGCUACUUGUUCGCAAAGUGCUCAAUACCAUGAGGCCUUAACUCCCUCUCUGAGGUCCCUAGGCACCACACUAGAACAUAUUUAGGUAAGAUGGGAGACUGGUUUUGCUAACCAACGUACCCCUUACACUAACAAGGUAGGACAAACCCAUAAGUUUAACUACUUCAGAAGUUUUAAGAUUUUGGUUAAAAGGUUUCUUAAAACCUCAACUAUGGGAUGUCUUUACUAUUAGUCACUGUCAGGGGUAAUACAGAGGCCAUAUCUACUCUACAAACCAUGGUCAAUGCAAAUUCCAUUAGCAUACAGAGGUCAAAGUUUGUAGAUCACUUGGGCAUGUACAGACCUGGCUGCUUGCAUUGGUGCUGAAGACACUCAACAGGAGCAGUUGUGUCUACAUAGAAGUGCUGUGCACUGGGGUAGAUGCACCAGACAAUGGUAUGUGGCAAUUCUUUUUGGGAAGUUCUUGAAUGUGUUGGAUAAAAAAAAAAAAAAAAUAGUUGCCCAGUGAUCUCUGGGAGCUAGGCAUCAAGUUCCUAGCAUGCAACUUUCUCCAUCCCAUAAAUCCAUCCAUAUCCCAUAAAUUUUCAUGCCUUUAAAAAAAAAAUUCCACAAACCCAUGCAGCACUUUUCCAUCUCCACUAUCUCUGACAGAAGCAUGGAACUUGCAGAGCUCUGCACUAUUCUUAUGAACGUUGCAAAUACAGGACACGUGAUCCUUCUGCAUUUGCAGACCUGCAGGAAAUACUACAACCAUGGAGAACAUGACAAUUUCUUCAAGGACAGUCUGCCAAGGAAUAUAGCCAAAAAAAAAUUAAGGCUAUUGGGGGCAUUGCCAGGGCAGCUGCAAAUGGUGCAUUGCUGCUUCUGAGACCAAGAAAGUAGCAUGGAUUGGUGGACUUGCAUUGUAAUGCAGGAUUAGGACAAGUAGUGGCUGCAGAACUUUUGGAUGCAAAAAGCCACAUUCCUCCAUCUGUGCGCCGAGGUUUCCCUAGAGCUCCAGCAUAGGGUCAGCAGAAUGAGAGCUGUGUUGACAGUGGAGAAAUGAGUGGGCAAUCACACUGUGGAAGCUUGCAACACCAAAUUGCUACUGGCCAGCAGGAAAUAAUUUUGGAGCUCAAAAAUCUGCAGUGGGGGCAGUUGUCAUGCAAGUGUAUAGGGCUAUGCAGGACUGACUCAGGAACGUGCAAGAAUACCGGA